UGGAAACGAUGUGUUGUCUAUCUAAAGUCCGUGUUUAUGUUUAUGUGUAUCUUAGAACAAUAAUAAUCGAAUGUGCCCGAUAAAGUAAGCAUUUUUAGAAGUUUAUAAUUAGAAUUGUUGAAAUGGGAGAGAUGCUAUCAAUUGUGCAACAAAUAAUGAUGAAAAAGGGCGAUGAUAAAAUGAGUCUGAUUAAAAAUGAGUUUGAAGAUAGGAUUAACAUUGAUAAACCACUUUGGAAUCAAGAUACGUAUUUUGGAAGAUGGAAGCAUUACGCUUUCAUCACCGAUUGUCGCACGGUUCUCGUGCCGACAAGUAAAUUGUGGAAGGCGAAGAAGCUCUGCGAGGAUUAUAAAAUCGGCAAGGAGCCAGAAGGCCUGCAAAGAAAGGACAUAAUCUACGCGAAAAAGCUCAAAGACAGCGCUUUUCAUCCCGAUAACGAAGAAUUAAUGCAUGUGAUAGGCAGAAUGUCCUUCCAGCUGCCAAGUUCCGUCGUCCUCACUGCCGCUAUGAUGACUUUUUACAAAUCCGCUAGCGGCGUGAUAGUGUGCCAAUUGGUUAAUCAAAGUUUCAAUGCGUUUGUCAAUUACACCAAUCGAAAUGCGAUGAUUGAAGAAUCGGAAGAUACCUAUGUCAACCAACAGGCCUUCGUGCUCGCUACUGUGGCGAGUUGCACGGCCGCUUUGGGAUUCAGGAAAUUGUUCUCUAGCAGAGGAACUCUCUUUGCAAGAUUUGUUCCAUUUUAUGCGGUGGCUGUUGGUAAUAUCGUCAAUCUUCCCAUUAUGAGGCAACGGGAAAUCACGCGGGGCAUCCCUAUAUUCAUGAAGAACGAAAAGGAAAUGUACAUCAUGAACUCGCAGGUGGCUGCCGUCAAGGGUAUUUCCGAGUGCGUCCUCACCAGGAUAAUAAUGGCCGCGCCGGGAAUGUUAAUGAUCCCCAUAAUCACGCAGCGAAUGCAACCAUAUUGUUUCUACCAGCUUCGUCCAUGGAUCGGAUUUCCCAUCGAAAUCGGCUUAUGCACGCUCAGUUUGUUGAUAAUGAUCCCUUCAGCGCUUGCUAUCUACCCACAGAAAAACUCGAUGAAGCCAGAGCUGCUAAAUAUCUAUCCAGAGGAAUACAAAAUAUUUCGAGAGAAAAUGGAACCGCACAAAUAUCCGGAUUACGUUUAUUAUAACAAAGGAUUGUAAUUAGUAUAAAUAAAAGUAAAAUUUAUAAUUUUUUUCUUUUAUUAUUAGGUUCUUUCAAGAAAUGGAAUUUUCAAAAAAAAAAGGAAUGGAAACUUGAUAAGAA